GGCCGCGGCGGGGCGGGAGCGCCUUUCGCAGUCCCCGCGCCCCGCUCCGCCCCGGGCUGCCUCCUCGCGACCACAGCCGCCGCCGCGGCUCCCACGGUUUGAUGGUGGGCGGCGGCGGCGCUGCGGCCUCGGUUCCAGCCUCCAACUGCCGGGUCUCGGGCCGCGCCGCUCUCUCCUCCUGCCUUCCCGCCCCUGGCUGCGCCUGGCUGCCGGGGCCGCGGGAGGCGGAGAAGGGGCGCCGCGGGGAGACGGCGCGGCGCAGGCGGAGGCCGGCGCGAUGUCCACCAAGGUCAGGAAGUGCAAAGAGCAAGCCAGGGUGACCUUCCCCGCGCCCGAGGCGGAGGAGGAGGGCGAGGACGUGGGCGCAGAGCCGCAGCGCCGCCCGCGGGGCUGGAGGGGCGUCAACGGGGGGCUAGAGCCGCGCUCCGCGCCUUCGCCGCGGGAACCGCACCGCUACAGCCCGCCGCCCUUCUCGCCGGGGCCCGACAUAUCCAUGGAGGGAAGCCCAUCCCUGAGGCGCAAGACGGUGAUGCGGGAGAAGGGCCGGCGCCAGGCCGUCCGGGGCCCGGCCUUCAUGUUCAACGACCGCGGCACCAGCCUCACGGCGGAGGAGGAGCGCUUCCUGGACGCCGCCGAGUACGGCAACAUCCCCGUGGUGCGCAAGAUGCUGGACGAGUCCAAGACGCUCAACGUCAACUGCGUGGACUACAUGGGCCAGAACGCGCUGCAGCUGGCCGUGGGCAACGAGCACCUGGAGGUGACGGAGCUGCUGCUCAAGAAGGAGAACCUGGCGCGCAUCGGCGACGCGCUGCUGCUGGCCAUCAGCAAGGGCUACGUGCGCAUCGUGGAGGCCAUCCUCAGCCACCCCGGCUUCGCGGCCAGCAAGCGCCUGACGCUGAGCCCCUCGGAGCAGGAGCUGCAGGACGACGACUUCUACGCCUACGACGAGGACGGCACGCGCUUCUCGCCCGACAUCACCCCCAUCAUCCUGGCGGCGCACUGCCAGAAGUAUGAGGUGGUACACAUGCUGCUCAUGAAGGGCGCCAGGAUCGAGCGGCCGCACGACUACUUCUGCAAGUGCGGGGACUGCACCGAGAAGCAGAGGCACGACUCCUUCAGCCACUCGCGCUCCAGGAUCAACGCCUACAAGGGGCUGGCCAGCCCGGCCUACCUGUCCCUGUCCAGCGAGGACCCGGUGCUCACCGCCCUGGAGCUCAGCAACGAGCUGGCCAAGUUGGCCAACAUCGAGAAGGAGUUCAAGAAUGACUAUCGGAAGCUCUCCAUGCAGUGCAAAGACUUCGUCGUGGGCGUGCUGGAUCUUUGCCGGGACUCAGAAGAGGUGGAAGCGAUUCUGAAUGGAGACCUGGAAUCCACAGAGCCUGCAGAGGUACACAGGCAUAAGGCUUCGUUGAGUCGCGUCAAACUUGCCAUCAAGUAUGAAGUCAAAAAGUUUGUGGCUCACCCCAACUGCCAGCAGCAACUCCUGACCAUCUGGUACGAGAACCUGCCGGGCCUGCGGGAACAGACCAUCGCCAUCAAGUGUCUGGUUGUGCUGGUGGUAGCCUUGGGCCUUCCAUUGCUCGCCAUCGGCUACUGGAUCGCACCUUGCAGCCGGCUGGGGAAAGUGCUGCGAAGCCCUUUUAUGAAGUUUGUGGCUCACGCUGCUUCUUUCAUCAUCUUCCUGGGCCUGCUUGUGUUCAAUGCUUCAGACAGAUUCGAAGGCAUCUCCACGCUGCCAAAUAUCACCGUCAUCGACUACCCCAAACAGAUCUUCAGGGUGAAAACCACCCAGUUCACGUGGACUGAGAUGCUGAUUAUGGUCUGGGUUCUUGGAAUGAUGUGGUCUGAGUGUAAGGAGCUCUGGCUGGAAGGACCGAGGGAAUACAUUUUGCAGCUGUGGAAUGUGCUGGACUUCGGGAUGCUGUCCAUCUUUAUUGCUGCGUUCACAGCCAGAUUCCUAGCUUUCCUUCAGGCAACGAAAGCACAACAGUAUGUGGACAGUUACGUCCAAGAGAGCGACCUCAGUGAAGUUACUCUCCCACCAGAGAUCCAAUAUUUCACGUACGCCAGAGAUAAGUGGCUCCCUUCGGACCCUCAGAUCAUAUCGGAAGGCCUCUACGCCAUCGCCGUCGUGCUCAGCUUCUCCCGCAUUGCGUACAUCCUCCCUGCGAAUGAGAGCUUCGGCCCCUUGCAGAUCUCUCUGGGCAGGACUGUGAAGGAUAUCUUCAAGUUCAUGGUCCUCUUUAUUAUGGUGUUUCUUGCCUUUAUGAUUGGCAUGUUCAUACUCUAUUCUUACUACCUGGGGGCCAAAGUCAAUGCCGCUUUUACCACUGUAGAAGAAAGUUUCAAGACUUUGUUUUGGUCCAUAUUUGGGUUGUCGGAAGUGACUUCUGUUGUGCUCAAAUACGAUCACAAGUUCAUAGAGAACAUUGGCUACGUUCUGUAUGGAAUCUACAAUGUAACGAUGGUGGUCGUUUUACUCAACAUGCUCAUUGCUAUGAUUAACAGCUCAUACCAAGAAAUUGAGGAUGACAGUGAUGUAGAAUGGAAGUUUGCUCGUUCAAAACUUUGGUUAUCUUACUUUGAUGAUGGAAAAACGUUACCUCCACCCUUCAGUCUAGUUCCUAGUCCAAAGUCAUUCGUUUAUUUCAUCAUGCGGCUCAUUAACUUUUCCAAAUGCAGAAGGAGAAGGCUACCGAAGAACAUAGAAAUGGGAAUGGGGAACUCCAAGUCCAGGUUUACAAAGUGCUUUGCUGUACAUUUGAACCUCAUGCAACACUGUGAGUUAAACCUCUUCACUCAAUCUAACUCAAGAGUUUUUGAAUCACACAGUUUUAACAGCAUUCUCAAUCAGCCAACACGUUAUCAGCAGAUAAUGAAAAGACUUAUAAAGCGAUAUGUUUUGAAAGCACAAGUAGACAAAGAGAAUGAUGAAGUGAAUGAAGGUGAAUUAAAAGAAAUCAAGCAAGAUAUCUCCAGCCUUCGCUAUGAACUUCUGGAGGACAAGGGCCAAGCGACUGAGGAAUUAGCCGCUCUAAUUCAUAAGCUCAGCGAGAAGCUGAGCCCCAGCGUGCUGAGAUGCGAGUGACCCCGUCACCCAGAACGUGGCUUGGACUAGAGCACACAUGUGGGCAAUAAUAUUUCUAAGUAUGAAAUACUUGAAAAACUAUGGUGUAAAUUUUUAGUAUUAACUACCUUUAUCAUGUGAAUCUUUAAAAGUUAGGUCUUAAUGAUUUUCCUGUGUUAUCACAUGCAAAUGGUCUUCAUUUUAAUUGUCUGCCUUGACAUCACGAACAGUGACACACCGUCAUAUUUAAGGCCCAAUAUUGCUACAUUACUGACAUUUUUGUCCAUUUUAGAGUAAGCUCUCCUCCAUCUUUGCACUACCUGUUGGCCGCCAAGAAACUGUAGGCUCCUUGGGGACAGGCAACAUGUCAUAUUUAUCUUUGUGUCUCCAGCAUCUAGUACAGUGCCUGGUACAUAGUAGGUGCUCAGUAAAUGUUGUUGAAACCAACUUAACGGAACUGCCAACAAAAUAUAAAAACAAAUAAAAAGGCCGUCACUAUGUAGCACACCUCUUGUCAAAGUGCUGAAGGGAUUUUUU